AUGUCAACAUCUUCCAAAAAAGCAUUCAAAUGCGAUACAUGUCUCAGAGCAUCUACCAGUAAAUUACAGCAAAUACAUGAUAAAGUCACGAUUGAAAAUGUAAAUAUAACAAAACGAAAGAAAAUUAACAAAAAUAUUUCCUUACAAAGCUUAUCUGACCAUCUCUCUGAUGGAGAAGAAACUGAUUAUUUCUCUAUCAAUUCUACACCAAAUCAUGAAUUAAACCGAAGACUAUCUCUGCAUAUGCAAUGUUAUGAUGAAAUUAGUGAACUGAAACAAAAAAUACUGAAGCUGGAGGAAAAUCUUGAGAUAGCAGAAAAUGAAAUAACGAAUUUAUCUUCAGAAAACCAUAACUUAAAAAAAAAGUUGCGGAAUAUGAGCUAA